AUGGGCAGGGGUCGCAACCAGAGGCGUGGCCACAAAGACCCCACCACCUGUGGCGACCGCUGUGUCAAGGGUGCUACUGGGGUGCACAGGAGGCAUCAGAACCAGUUGCGCCGCGCUGGCCGCCCGGAUUCUGCCGCUCGUUCUUUGUCCACAGAUUUGGUCCGCGGCGGGUUCCAGCCGCGCCUUCCGACUUCGCUGCCGCCCCCAGGGCAGCAGCAGCAGCCGUCGCCGCUACCACGCCGACAGCCCGUCCCGUUGAUGCCUCCCGCGCAGCUUCAUCCGGGAGCGCCCCAGGUGGUCGCUCCGGAGCCUGUGGUCCCUCUUCAGUCGCCACCGCCUUCGGAGCUGAUGGACGUCGACCCGUCAGCCGGGCCGCCUUCCCAAGCGGUGGCUGUGCAGCCUGUCCUGCAGCCGCUUUCCUUGGGCACCCCCAAGGAGUCUGACGCCGCAGCGCCUUGUCCGGCGCCCACUCAGCAGCCGUCGACGCAGCGUCAGGAGACGCUGCCUCUCUUCGUGGGUCCCGACGCCCCGUCGCGUCCAGUACCAGAAGCUGCGCCCGUGGUCACAGGCAUAUGGGACAGCGCGUCGCAGCACACAGAAGCUCAGUUUCUUCCUCGUGGAAAAGAGGACAAAGUUGUGUGGCUGUCUUGA